UACGAAAUUUCUUGAAAUAGGGGCAAAAUUUAUUCGUAGGGUAACUACCGUUUUCUAACGGUCCUAAACAAUCGGCGACCAACAAAGCCGCCUCGGACUACCCUCCCAUCGCAAGGAUGGCGGUUGUAGAGCCUUCCCCCUUGUUGGAUAUUUUAGUAAGAGAACCAGAGGGUUUUGCUAUAUGGAAUGGACCACCUUUCCCAAGUGGUCAACCUGGUAUCAAGCUUGAUAGGGUUCCUUGUACCAGUGCAAAGUUCAGUGAAGAUGGGUCCAAACUCAUGGUUACAAAAUCAGACUCCAUAAUUAGCAUCUUUGAUUGCAAAACAUUGAAAGAGAUUAGGUCUUUUAAUGUCCCAAACGUUCUUGCAGCUGUCAUCUCUCCUUGUGGAACUUAUCUUCAGACCUUCCAGAAAUGUUCAUCUCCUCAGGAUAAGAACGUGGUCUUGUGGAAGAUAGAAAAUGGUGAAUAUGUUUACCAACUCUUCCAGAAAAAUAUGACAAAAGUUACAUGGCCUUCCGUGCGUUUCAGUUCUGACGAAACUGUUGCAUGUCGAUUGGCAACAAAUGAGAUCCAAUUUUUUGAUCCUAGGGAUUUCUCUAAGGGAUUUGUUAAUCGGCUGCGAGUUCCUGCGAUUGCUGCAUUGGAGCUUUCUAAAGCCCCUGGAUCCUACGUGGCUGCAUUUGUUCCAGAAUCCAAGGUCUAA